AUGUCGUAUCUGUCCAUCCUGAGGACGUCUCUUAAUGACAAGCUCCAACAACUAGAGACUCAAUUGUCGGCAAGCAUCCAUAGUAGCUCCCCGCAUUUACUAGAAGCGUAUCCGUAUCUGGCAUUCGACGAUGCAGAUAAUUUACCUUCGAGAAAAGUAUUCGAUCUGAUGGAGCAAAUACACAUUGACCUGAAAGCUGUCGAUUCUCUGAUUACCCCAACAAGGUUCAAGUUGGUCGACCUUGGAACUCUACAUUAUAAGUCUGCAGCAUUAAAUGCAGCUGUAGAAUUGAAUGUUGCGGAGGUUAUUGAAGUGUUCGGAGGCGAAGUGACUCUUGAAGAUUUGGCAAAGAAACUUGACGUCAAUGAGCACAAGCUAGGUAUCGAUACUGCUACAGGUUUAGGCAUGGAAUGUGCAACCGGAAUUCCAAAAGACCUUUCCAACCCCGAGACCAAGCAUUCCUUCGCCGACACUACUGCACCAUUUUGCAAGGUGGUAUCGAAGAACGGUCAGACAUUCGCUCAAUACAUGGGCAACCCAGAGAACGCGGCGAUGGUUGAGCUAGGAAAUGAGGGUAUUGUUGGAUGGUUGAAUAAAUUGACAAGAGCGGCAUUGCUUUGUGAUUAUCCUUGGGCGGAAUUGGGAAGCGCUAAAGUCAUUGAUCUCGGAAGUGGCACGGGAGACUGUGGCAUGGAUUUGAUGCGCAAGUUUCCUCAAUUUAGCUGGGUCUAUCAGGAUCUUGAGCCUGUUAUCGAAAGCUUGAAGAGAGACUUCCCCAGGGACUUGAUAGAUCUCGUCGAUGAGGGGAGAAUAUCUUUUGUCGUGCAAGAUUAUUUCCAGCCAAACGCAAGCGAUGGAAACGUAUGGUAUAUGAGAGGCGUUUUGCAUGAAUACAAUGACGACCAAGUCCUGGCGAUCCUCAACCACCUCACUACUGCCAUGCGAAGGACACCUAACUCUAAGAUGAUUAUCAACGAGGUCCUGAACUCAAGUCCGAUAAUUGUCCCGACAUCGUCAAUGUCAGCAGCAUCGGAACAUAUUCCUGGCUCUCAAUCAGCGAUGGCAAGCACGGCCAACAUCAUGACCUGGAGCACAUUUUCACUAUUUGGAGGGAAGGAGAGAUCUUAUCAAGAAUAUGAGAUUUUGCUAAAUACAGCUGGGCUGAAGAUAUCUAGAUUCUUCCAAUUUCGGACUUUUACAGUCAUGCUUGAAUGCGUACUUGCAUGA